AUGGGGAAGUUGGCUACAUUCUCAAAGCCACUCAUCUUCCAAUCCAAACUCCUCUGUUUCUCUCUCAUCUACCUCUUCUCCGCCGUCUCCUUGGCCGUCUACUUCACCUUCUCCGCCACCAAAUGCGUUUUCCGGUGGUCGACCUUCGACCCCCUUCAGGCCCCACUCUUCUUAUAUCCAUCCUCUUAUGGAGAACACAAACACGCCAUACCCACAACUCGAAACUCCUGCAACUCCCCUGUUUUUUUCUCAGAUUAUCAUGUCGUUUUCGAUGAAAUCCAGAAAAGAAUUGACGGCUCCACGGGGCAAUCGGGUCUGAGGUAUAUGCAGGGGAAUCAUGAAACUUUUGGUGGGAAUCUGAAUCUUUCUGAGAGGUUAUCGUUUUUCGAUCAUCACGAAGAAGAAGAAACUGAGAUCCCAUGUGGGUUUUUCAAGAAAUUUCCUGUUAGUGAUUCUGAUAGAGUUUCCAUGGAAAAAUGCCGUGGACUAGUUGUGGCGUCCGCCAUAUUCAACGACCACGACAAAAUUCGUCAGCCGAGGGGCCUCGGGUCGAAAACCUUAGACCACGCGUGCUUCUUCAUGUUUGUCGACGAUGCUACUCUGAACCGACUUCACUACCACAAAAUGAUCACAAAAACAUCGAAAGAACUCAAAAUCGGAGCUUGGAGGAUCGUUAAUGUCUCGAGCGAGCUCUUGUACGAAAGUCCCGCCAUGAAUGGGAUCAUACCCAAGUACCUAAUCCACCGGCUAUUUCCGAAUUCAAAGUAUAGCGUGUGGGUCGAUGCAAAGAUGCAAUUGGUAGUCGACCCGUUUUUGUUGAUUCAUUCACUUGUUGUGGAGGAGAAUGCUGACAUGGCUAUCUCGAGGCAUCCUUAUUUUUCGCAUACGAUGGAGGAGGCAAUGGCGACCGCUAGGUGGAAAAAAUGGUGGGAUGUGAACGGGUUGAAGGUCCAAAUGGAGACUUACUGCGAAAACGGAUUGACCCCGUGGAGCCCGAAUAAGACCUACCCCACAGAUGUGCCAGACAGUGCAAUUAUACUGAGAAAACACACUGUGCCAACCAACCUUUUCUCAUGCCUAUUGUUUAAUGAACUUGAAGCCUUCAACCCAAGAGAUCAACUCCCCUUUGCAUUUGUGAGGGACAAAAUUAGCCCAAAACUUAAACUCAACAUGUUUGAGGUUGAGGUAUUCGAACACGUGGCAGUCGAAUACAGGCACAAUAUCGUGCCGGGCCGGGCCCGGUCGGGGCCCAGGACCAAGAUGGCCAGCCCAGGCUUGUUUGGCAACACAAGUUGUGGCAAAUGUGAGAGCUAUCUUUUAGGUAUGUGGGGUGAGUCCCAUGAUUGA